AUGAGCGGCGCCCGCCCCCGCAGCGCGCCGCUGCUACUCGCGCUGGCCGCCGCAUUCUUACCGCAAGCCAACCAUGUCGCGGGUGCCGGUGGGGGUGGCAUGUUCGGUGACGUCAAUAUAUCGGCCAUUUUGGAUUCGUUUAGUAUAAGUUACGAUAAAAGAGUAAGGCCCAACUAUGGAGGACCACCCGUGGAAGUGGGGGUUACCAUGUACGUGCUCUCCAUCAGCUCUCUGUCUGAAGUGAAAAUGGAUUUCACAUUGGAUUUUUACUUCAGACAGUUCUGGACGGACCCCCGAUUAGCUUAUAAGAAAAGAACUGGAGUUGAAACUUUAUCAGUGGGUUCUGAAUUUAUAAAGAACAUAUGGGUGCCUGACACAUUCUUCGUCAAUGAAAAGCAAUCAUACUUUCAUAUAGCAACAACUAGCAACGAAUUCAUACGUAUACACUACUCAGGAUCUAUCACAAGGAGCAUCAGGUUGACAAUCACAGCCUCCUGCCCUAUGAACCUUCAAUACUUCCCAAUGGACCGACAAUUAUGCCAUAUAGAAAUCGAGAGUUUCGGCUACACCAUGCGGGACAUCAGAUACAAAUGGAACGAGGGCCCCAACUCUGUCGGUGUAUCGAGCGAGGUGUCGCUGCCGCAGUUCAAGGUGCUGGGCCAUCGCCAGCGAGCCAUGGAGAUCUCCCUUACCACAGGAAAUUAUUCGCGGUUGGCGUGUGAGAUCCAAUUCGUUCGUUCCAUGGGAUACUAUCUCAUCCAAAUUUACAUUCCAUCUGGUCUAAUUGUAAUCAUAUCUUGGGUGUCAUUCUGGUUGAACCGCAACGCAACCCCGGCCCGAGUGGCGCUGGGCGUCACCACUGUGUUGACUAUGACUACCCUUAUGUCGUCCACAAACGCUGCCUUACCCAAAAUCUCGUACGUCAAGUCUAUAGAUGUUUAUCUGGGCACCUGCUUCGUGAUGGUCUUCGCUAGUCUAUUAGAAUAUGCAACGGUGGGUUAUAUGGCUAAACGGAUACAAAUGAGAAAACAAAGGUUCGUGGCGAUCCAGAAGAUUGCAUCUGAAAAGAAAAUGCCUCCCGUUGACUGUCCUCCUGUUGGAGAUCCACACACGUUAUCCAAAAUGGGGACUCUCGGUCGGUGUCCGCCGGGUAGGCCCUCGGAGGUGCGAUUUAAAGUGCACGAUCCAAAGGCGCACUCGAAAGGAGGAACUCUCGAAAACACGAUCAACGGUGGAAGAAGUGGCACUGAAGAAGAAAAUCCUGGCCCUCCUCCUCAUAUUCUGCAUCCUGGAAAGGAUAUAAGCAAGCUCCUGGGGAUGACGCCAUCUGACAUCGACAAGUACUCGCGUAUCGUGUUCCCAGUGUGCUUCGUAUGCUUUAACCUCAUGUAUUGGAUCAUUUACCUACACGUGUCGGACGUCGUGGCUGAUGAUCUGGUUCUUCUGGAAGAGGAUAAAUAGAGGGUGUAUUGUAAAAUCCACUUAUUUUCCCACCAUCGUAGCUCAAAUAAUAAUUUGAAACAUACUUAAAUAAAAAGCGCGUAGAAAUCGGUAGUCCAUAGUGCAAGAGUAAUCGAUGUGUCGAUUUAGUGAGAGAUAGCAUUUGGAAAAAAUGUAGUUCUUAUGAAACACCGAACCUAAUUUACAAUUGAAUAUAAUGUAGGUAGAUAUAAACCGUAAUUGCUAGAUGUAAACGUAUUUAAACGCUAAAAACCUAAAAAAACUUGUAAAUAUUUGCGACUUGAAAGAUACGAGUAAAUUAUGGACGUCUUAGUCUAAGUCUUAAUCUCUUUUCUUGAGUCUGAGGUAGAAACUAAAACGACUGAAAAUUGUCAUGUAGGUCUCGUAAAAGGCGUACUUUUUUUACAAAUACGGAUUUAUGUAUAGCAUAGGCCAUAGAGUAAUAAUUUCACCAUUUACUGAGGGUCGGUAACCAACGUUUCCUAGUGAACUAACCUCUGUAAAUAUACUGGUCAUGGCGAUAGAUAGUAAGGUCGGAAAAAUCGAAAAGUAUAGAUUCAUUAACUAAAAUUGUUAUUUUUACAAUUUAAUAUUUCGAUACACUCGUGGAUUUACGUGUUAUUUGUACGUUCAUGAAGUUCCUAUAAAAUUGACUUUAACGGAAGUCUCGCCGGAAGAGAAAAUAAUAAUCGUCGACAAAAAGUUUCAAAUUAUUAUUUUGUGAUAAAAUGAGUGGAACAUUAAAUUAAAAUAAUACUGAUGCUCAAAAUUUUUUUUGCUUGAUAAUUACUUAGUUUCAUUUAGAUUUUUGUGUAUGUUAUAAGUGACUCAUUUAUUUUUUGCUGACUGUAUUGUUAGAUUGAUCAUUAAUUUUUUUUUAUUGUAGUAAAACUAAACCUUGAAUAUUUUUAUUUUAAUAUUGUACGUAGCUUUAUGUUGUUGUUUGUAAAAUUAUUAAUGUAUUGGGAUAAUUACUUUGCUUUUAAUCGUAUUGCAUGCUGAGUUUCCAACGUUGUGAUAUACAAUCGACUUGAUUGUUCAAUGAUACUCGUGUCAGUGUUUUACGUAUCAAUCUAAUAGCAAUAAUUACUGAUAGACAGCACUAGAAAGUAAUUUAUCAGUAGAUGACAUGACCGAGUUUCAUGGAUGAAUUAACAAGAGUUAAUUUAUUGCUAACUCAAAUCCAUCAAUGGCAUGCAUGCGCUACAUUGAUUUCUAAACCCAAAUAUAAUUCCGGUCCAGCAUGUACU